AUGUGGGUGCAAAAGAAGUCUAAUUUGGAUUGGGGUGCCGCAUCGAGACAAAGACUGAAUGACAUGAAUGACAUGAAUGAGCUUGAUCAGUUUCGCCUAAAAGAAUAUGAAAGUUCAUCUUUGUACAAGGAGAAGAUGAAGAAGUUGCGCUUGCUCAAGUCCAAGUGGACCGGGCCAUUCAAAGUCACUCAAGUAUUUCCACAUGGAGCGUUCGAGCUCGAGAACAAGGAAGGAACGAGGUUUAAAGUGAACAGACAAAGGAUCAAAGUCUACUUGGGGAAAUCUAAGAGUGUGACAGAAGUGAUUGAGGCAUAUUAUCUUUAUGAAGUCUGA